UUUAGUGGCUCCAAUCUUUGCUCCAUAAUCCAGGUUACAGUAUGAAAAAUAAGGCACUUUGGUGUUGGCAAAUGUAACACCUCCUUUAGAAUGGGAACAGAUUGUAAACUGAUGAAAUUUUAGUACACAGUUCUGAGAGAGCUCUCUUUGAAGAUGUAUGGCUGGUACUACUCCAUACCCUCAGAAGCUGGAUAUUUGGUUUAUAAGUACUGAUAUGUUCCUGCUGAUCACUUCCCACCUGAAGUCCUAAUCUGUAGUGGCAUCAAAAUUGGUUGCUACGGAAUCAAGUGACAUGGAGAAAAUGUGUUUAAGAUGGUCCAUCCAGAAGAUUUGUUACUUUGUGAAGAUCUUGCUUUUGACUAAUAUGUAAAUACCAUGACAACUUCAAAUUGAAUUAUUUUUCUUGAAAUCGAGACUCAUCUGUUGCCUUCAUCAGAAAUGUUUUUAACAUUUUCAAGAAAACACAUGUCCCAGAAACUGAGUUUGUUGUUGCUGGUGUUUGGAUUCAUUUGGGGCUUGAUGUUGCUGCGCUAUACUUUUCAGCAUCCAAGGCACCAAAGCAGCGCUGAAUUGCGUGAACAGAUACUAGACUUAAGUAAAAGAUAUGUGAAAGCCCUGGCAGAAGAAAAUAAGAACAUAAUGAAUGGUGGUAAUGGAGCCUCAAUGGCAGGAUAUGCUGAUCUCAAAAGAACAAUUGCUGUUCUUCUGGAUGACAUCUUACAACGUCUGGUGAAAUUGGAAAACAAAGUUGACUACAUUGUUGUGAAUGGCUCAGCAACAAAUACCACCAAUGGAACCAGUGGUAAUCUGGUGCCAGUAACUACAAGUAAACGUGUAAAUGCAGCAAGCAAUAUUAGAUAACAUACAAGACACCUUAUGCUACUUUAUCAUAGAUUCAAUUUGAUUCAAGAAAAGCUUUUUACCUCUGGGUAGGCAAAGCAAUAGUUGACACUAACAUAUCGUACACUGUUCUGCUAUAGAAUGUGCUGGGUACAUGCAGUCCCAACUUCUGUACAUAAGGUUCUCAAAGGAUUAAUUUGUUGCUUUCAGACAGUUCUGUUAAAGCAGUGCUGUACAAUAUCGUAUUUAAAGAUAUUCUGGUAACUUGGCUGAUGUAGUAUGCCAAAUGGGUGAUACUUUGUAAUGUUUGAAGUUAAACUGAAAUGGAAAAAUAUAUAUUCACUUCUAAAAUAUAUUUAUUUAAAUAAAAAUUUAACAUAUCUUUUUGGAUAGAUUGAUUAUAUAGCUUAAUCAUUUUUUGUGUGAUCUGUU